AUGGAGAUCCAUCGAUUAAUAUUCAAAAAUUUUCUAAGAACUUUUACGGGUUACUUUGUAAAGAUCAAAUUCAAAAUCGACAACUCACCAUCCAAGUGUUCCACCCAGUGCAAUAUUUUAGUGUUAGUUCUCCUAGUUAUUAGUUUAAGUGUAGCAGAAGGCAACAAACCGCCCAAGUUCGUCACUGAUGGCCAAACCGAAAUCAUAUUAAGACUGAAAGAGGGAUCAGAGACACCUGUCGGUACUUUAAUUUAUCAGUUAAGAGGUUACGACGAAGACGGUGAUUACCUCAAAUUUGGAGUAAGUCGAUUUCCUGGAAGCGACAUUAUUCGAAUAGACAAUACGUCACCAUCGGAAGCCAAUAUUUAUCUGAACAAAGAACUAGAUCGAGAAACUCAAGACGAGUAUUCUCUUGUACUCACCCUCACAGACGGCCAUCUCGGGUACGGUCACUAUGUAACCCAAGGCCUGCUUCUUCUGGUUGAGGAUGUCAACGACAAUGUUCCAGUGUUUAAAAGUUACCAACCAACUAUUACUGUGGCCGAAGAUUUUAAACCGGGCACCAUUACUACUCUGGAAGCCACAGACGCAGACGAAGGAGCAUAUGGACAAGUCGUUUAUUAUUUACAGAAUAUAGAUGGAGAAAAGGAAUUGUUUGCUGUAAAUACAGUAGGAGAGAGGGCAGUGCUACGAUUAGUAGGUUCUUUAGAUUACGAGAAACAAACUGUUCAUCAAUUGAAAAUUUUAGCAGUGGAUAGAGCAAAGGAAGGAAGGGUCAACACAGCCACAGCUGCACUGCUAAUCAAAGUGGAAGAUGUAGAAGACCAGCCACCAGAGUUUGUUCGGAUUACUCCCUUUACCAAAAUCGAAGAAAACAGUCCGAUCGGGACGUCAGUCUUAAUGGUUGUCGCUGUAGAUGGCGAUCGAGGAGUCAACAACCCCAUCGAGUAUUCCCUUCUAUCGAAUAGUUUGAAUAGUGUAAAUGAUGUUUUUUCAGUAGAGAGAGAUACAGGAGUUGUAUUUACAACUAGUGUCAUCGACAGAGAAGCCUUACCUGGUGGAGCAGGAACCUACAUUCUCCAAAUAACGGCAAAAGAAAUAGGCAGCAAAAUAGUUCCUACUCCUACUGCCACUACAGAAGUUACCGUAAUGGUUACUGAUGUCAACGAUGAAACUCCAACGUUCAAAAGCAAUUACUACGAAUGCGAAAUUGCGGAAAAUGCUCAAAUCAACACACCCGUUACCUUUUUGGGAAACGCUCUACCAGAAGUCUACGAUUAUGACCAGGGCAUAAAUGGAAGUUUUUUUCUGUUCAUAAAAGGUGGUGGAGAUGCAUUUGAUGUUACACCCAGUAAGGCGGUAAACGAAGCCACCUUUAUGAUAAGGGUCAAGAACAGCACAACCCUUGACUUCGAACGAAUCAAAAGAAUCAACCUCACACUUGUAGCUAAAGAAAUCGUUAAAAACAAGCCGAAAUAUAGCGAAGCAUCGGUAAUGGUAAAUCUCUUGGAUAGGAACGAUAAUUUUCCAGAGUUUUCCAAAUCGUUGUAUGAAGUUUCGGUGCCAGAAAACUGCGACGUCGGAACAACGGUUGCUUGGGUACAAGCCCUUGAUGAUGAUUCAGGAAAAUUUGGAACUAGAGGGAUUCGAUAUACUAACUUAGCAGGAAGUAUUGAUUAUAUGUUAAACUUACACCCAACGUCUGGAGUGAUAACAGUAAAAAUAGCCGGAGGGCCUAACUGGGAUAGAGAACAAAUCUCCAGACAUUUUCUAACAGUCGAAGCAAGAGAUGAUUUGGGUUAUGGCAACCGAAAUUCAGUCCAACUAGUUAUCAACAUCGAAGACAUUAACGAUAACGCUCCCAUGUUCGUCCAGAGCAAAUAUGAAGCCAGGUUGUUCGAGAACAAGUUGGAUUUUGAACAACCGUUGAAGGUUGAAGCAAGAGAUGCUGAUUUAAAUGGUACAAAAAACAGCGAAAUAGAAUACGAACUUCUCGGUGAUUUAGCUGAAAAUUUUACCAUUGAUUCUACAGGAUUAAUUAGCCUUAAAUGCCCCAUGGACUUUGAGAGUUUACAGAACUCCUUUUCCAGUAGCGUGUACUCAGUAUUUUUAACUGUGCGUGCCCGAGAUUGGGGAACCCCCAGUUUGUUCAGUGACGUGCCAUUAUUGAUCUACGUAGAAGAUGUCAACGAUAAUACUCCGGUGUUUGAGAACAGUUUUUACAAUAAAUCAGUCGCAGAAAAUUCUCCGAGUGGGACUUCAUUGCUUCAGGUAGGAAAAAUUAUUGCUAACCUAUCUGCUAAUGAUCCAGAUUCAACAGCAGCGCUGGUCUUCAAAAUAGACGACUCUGCCUGCCAAGCAAUAAACGAAAGAAGGGUUCUGGUAAAAACACAAGAGUACGACUGUUCUGGAGCCUUUCAUCUAGAACCAAGAACAGGAGUAUUGUCCAUAGCUAAAACAUUGGAUCGGGAAAUUGUUGAGCAAUUUCAGUUGGGACUUACUGUAGAAGAUAUCAAUUCAGAAACAGGACAACAAGUGGCACAUGCAAAAAUUGUAAUCGACAUCCUAGAUGUGAAUGACAAUUCACCAAAGUUUAGAAAUUCCUUCUACAAAUUUAGUAUUGCUGAAAACAGUAAGCAUGGGACAGCUAUUGGAAGUGUUACCGCCGAUGAUAUCGACAAGAAUAAGACUAUAACUUACUCUUUGGAAGGAGCAAUAGAGCUAACAAGUCUUGUUCAUUUAAAUCAAGAUGAUGGUAAUAUUGUAGUAAAAGCAACGGACAGUGGCUAUCCACCACGAUCAACCAGAGUGGAAGUCUUCAGUCAGAUUCUCGACGAGAACGACAACAACCCUUCUUUUCUACCUGAACCAUCAGCUCUAAUCAUCCCUGAAGACAUUCACGUAGGAACAGAAAUCGCUAGGGUCAAAGCUGUUGAUGCAGACUCCGGGGAAUAUGGAAAGAUAACUUACCUACUGGACAGAUUGUCUUCCCAAGGAAAAUUCACCCUAGACGGAGACACCGGUAUAUUGAAAGUGUCUGAUAAGCUCGACAGGGAAGACAAGCCUAAUUUUUUGUUAAUCAUAGAAGGCUGGGAUAAUUAUCAGUAUGGAUUCAAUAGUGGAGAGAGCAGAAACGCUUUUAAGCAUAUUAAUAUAACAAUUGAAGAUGUAAAUGACAAUGUUCCUGUACUUCAUGUUCCUCCGUACUGCAUCAAUAUAACAGAAUUUCACGAACCAGGUCAGCCUGUAACAACAAUUCAUGCAUCAGACGCUGAUGACCCAGAAACUUCCAAUGGGCAGGUCAUCAUCGACAUAGCAGACGGUAACCAAGACAACCUUUUUGAACUACAACCAAUAAACGAAUGGUCUGUUGACAUACGAACGACAACCUCUUUAAGAGGAAGACAUGGAAACUAUACUCUGAUAAUGAGAGCCCAGGAUCUUGGAAUACCUAGUCUACUGGUGGAAGACACACUGAGAAUAUGUGUAGCAGACUAUAAUGAUCACCCGCCAAUUUUCAUCAGUCCUCCACCCAACUCCACAUUGAAAGUGCCAGAGAAUGCAACAGUAGGUAGUGCUUUGAUUCAAAUUCUAGCAUCAGACGAGGAUGUGGGACAGAAUGGGGCAGUUCGUUAUAGAUUGAAAACGGAUCCAGCGGGACACUGGAAAUUUUUUGAAUUACAACCAAUUUCUGGCAUACUGGAACUUCGAUUGCCAUUGGAUAGAAAGAAACAGAAGAUAUAUGACGUAUAAAAUGUUGGACCAGAGAUGGAAAUUAAGAAAUUACCCGAUACAAUAGACAGAGACGAGUUCGAGUACGAAGGUCCUUCUGGGCCAGUUUGCUAUUAUAUAAUCGGAGGUAACGAGAACAACCUUUUCCAUGUCAAUCCCAUAGAUCAUACACUGAUGAUCACUGCCCCUUUAGAUAGAGAAUACCAGGACAUUUAUAUCCUUCUAAUAAAGGCCACAGAGGACUGCACUAGAACCCCAAAAAAUCAGAGCUUCUUCGACUCAGAUGAUGACACCCAACUUAAAGUGAUCGUCCGUGUAUUGGAUGUCAAUGACAAUGCACCCAAAUUUAUACAUAGAGUGUUUACUGGAGGUGUCAGUACUGCCACAAGCUUUGGAACUAAAUUUAUGUAUGUACUAGCAGAAGAUUUAGACGAAGGUAAAAACGCCCUAAUUACUUACUACUUGGUGGGAAAGACGCAAAUGACUUUGACUGAAGGACUGGACAAUUUGGAAAGACCUCCGUUUUUGGUAGAAAAAGAAACUGGAGCCGUUCAAUUGAACUUUGAUCCUCAAAGGGGAAUGAAAGGAUAUUUCGAUUUCAUGGUUCUUGCAAAUGAUACUGGAGGUCUCAUUGAUACCGCGCGUGUUUUCAUUUAUCUACUCAGAGAAGAUCAGAGAGUACGUUUUGUCCUACGUCAACAUCCUCCAGAAUUAAGGAACAGGAUAGAAAUGUUCAGGAGUAAAAUGUUAGGUAACGUUACUGGAGCUAUAGUCAACGUAGACGAAUUCAGAGUUCACGCCAACCAAGAUGGCACCAUCGACAAAACCAGAACGGACCUAUACCUCCAUCUAGUAGACAAAAAGGACAACUCAAUACUCGAAGUAGACGAAGUCUUGAAAUUAGUAGAUCAAAACACAGAAAAACUCGACCAUCUCUUCAAAGAUUUCAAUGUCCUGGAUACUCAACCUGGUGGAACAUUAGCUCUAAAGUCACAGCUGCAGAGCGCGGGUACUACAUUCUGGCUGUCUGUCUCCUGUUUGUUUCUGGUGCUUCUCUUGAUGCUAUGUUUGGCUUUAUGUAUUAACCAGAGACAAAUGUACCAUAGGAAAUUAAAAGCAGCCACAGCAACUGCUUAUGUUAGCGCAGACAACGAUAUUGAUGGACGUGGAUUGGGUGGUAUUCUCAGUGGACGAGUACCAAACACUAACAAGCAUAGUCUGGAAGGUAGCAAUCCAAUCUGGUUAAAGGCUUACGAAAAUGAAUGGUUCAAGAAUAUGGACGACAUCAGCCAAUCAGAGCAUGAUUCCUUGGACGAAAACGUCAUCAGCUACGAAGAUUCGCUACCAACGACAGAUCAAACGCAAGAGACCCAAGAACGACACCAGAACAUAUACCAAACACUUCCGGUACCUGCUGUGAGGAAAUUGGAGACUACGGAGUUAUGAUUUAAGAUGAAGAUUAACAGGGUUUCCCCUCUAUCCGAUAUCUCAGAAGAAUCACUUUAAUUGGAGAGAUUAGAAGAUUUUAAAAUAUUAUAUAUAUAUAUAUAUAUAUAUAUAUAUAUAUAUAUAUAUAUAUAUAUAUAUAUAUAUAUAUAUAUAUAUAUAUUUAAAUCAUGAUUGUAAAUAUGGAGAAUUUUUCUACAUUGAAAAAAUAAUGGAUGUAAUUGGGAAUUUAGUAUAUAAUAUAACUGUCUUAUGU